GCUUUAUUGCGCACAGCAGAGUUGUUCAGCAAAGAAGUUUAAAUAAAGAGACGGAUCGUUUGAAUAAUUCAAGGGAGCAGAGUAUUCUGCUGCUCCACAACAUCCAGCAAAAUGAUGGAGCUACCUAACUACAGCAGCCAGCUGAUGCAGCAGCUGUGGGCCCUGAGGAAGGAGGGCCAGUUCUGUGACUGUACCAUCCUGGUGGGAGAUAGUCCUCAUCGAGCACAUAAACUGGUGCUGGCUGCAUCCAGCAUGCUGUUCAGGUCUCUCCUGGAUGGUUCUGACACCAUCUCCAUCGACACAGCUGUGGUGUCCUCUCAGGAGUUCGGCUGUCUGCUGGACAUGGUUUACACAGGAAAGCUUCCUCUGGGCAAACACAACGUCAGCCGCGUCGUCGCCGCCGCAGACAGCCUGCAAAUGUUCGACGUGGCGGUCGGCUUUAAAAACGUCCUCACUAGCCUCGUGAACCAGCAGCCUCCGGCCCCGGCCUCCUCUACGGAGACGGAGACGCAGACCCCCACCCCCACCCUGGUCAACAAGCUCCCAAACACUGAAGUUUCAGACUCACACAACAAGGAUGAGUCCAGUUCAGGUGAGACUGAAUCGAAGGCUAAGCCGAAGAGGGAAGAAUGUCAGCCUGACAGUAAAGACACAGAGGAACCAGCAUUUAAAAGAAUCUGUCUGGAUCGCUCUGAAUCCCCAGGGACUGAAGAAGCUGCACCCUCAGAGAGCGUUACAGAGGAAGGUAAUACAACAGCAGCCAAGGUGUCCAAUGGUCCAGCCUGUGGUCUUCUGGAACAUUCCUCUCAGCUGAUAGAGCUCCUCAGUGACGUGCCAUCAGUGGUGGAGCUGCUGAGCCAGGCAGCACAGAGUAUCCUGGAUGAACAGGAGAAACAGCUUGUGUGUGAGUGCUGUGAGGACUCAGAUUCCAGCUCGGUGAUGGAGAAGCUGAUGAGCAGAGUGAAGGAGGGGCGGAUCAGUGAAGGGACGUUCCUCAGGCUGCUCCACACUGUCCAAAAGAAAGCGCCCUCCGCCUUUCCCACGCCACUGCUCUCUCUGCUGGAUGAGGAGGAGAGGAACAUGCAGGAGCCAGAUGAAGGCCAGACUGAAGCUGCUGACUCAGAACAGCAGAACGGGAACGGCAACGAAGACAAGCAAGAGGAAGAGAGAGAAGAAGAGAACAUCAAAGAGGAGACGGAAGAGGACGAGAAAGAAGCAAACGCUGCCACCGACGACUCCUCGCCUCCCCCCUCCUCCCCUAGCUCCCCCACCAAGCCCUACUCCUGUCGCUGGUGUAAGAAGGGUUUCGCCUACAAGUGUCGCAUGGUGGCCCACGCCAAACGCUGCUCCAUGUCCAAGGAGUGCCAGCAACAGUGUCCGCUGUGCCCCGAGAAGCUGGCCAACCAGAGGGCUCUGCAGCGCCACCGUGCUGAGGCUCACCGCAACACCACGCGGGUCAAGAAGAAGGUAGCGUGUGAUCUGUGUGGACGCACCUUUGCCCAUCCAUCAGGUAUGAUUUACCACAAGCGUACUGAGCACUUUGAAGAGAAGCCGUUUGCUUGCGAGGAAUGCGGUGCCAAGUUUGGAGCCAACUCAUCUCUGAAGAAUCACAUGCGGCUUCACACAGGAGAGAAACCCUACCACUGCAAACACUGUGACAUGAGCUUUAGUGUGGCUGCUGCACUUGCUUACCACACCAAGAAGAAACACUCUGAGGGGAAGAUGUAUGUGUGUCAGUACUGCAAAGCAGUCUUCGCCCAGUCCAUUGAACUGACUCGCCACGUGCGAACACACACUGGUGAUCGGCCGUAUGUGUGUCGGGAAUGUGGGAAAGGCUACAGCCAGGCCAGCGGACUGACUGUACACCUGCACACCUUCCACAAUCUGUCGGAGCCUCAUGACUGUCAGAAGUGCUGUCUGAGCUUUUCUACACUGGAGGAGCAUCGGCAGCACAUCGAGGAGUUCCACCCGAAGGAGUUCCACAAGUGUCCCACCUGCAACAAGGUGUUCACCAGCGCCGCCCUGCUGGACAAACACAAAGCCACACACACAGGAAGCAAGCCCUUCAGCUGUGACCUGUGCAACAAGUCUUAUCAGCAACUGUCGGGUUUGUGGUACCAUAACAGGACCAACCACCCCGAUGUGUUUGCUAAUCAUACCCGGCAGCUGAAGACUCUGGUUCAGUGUGACGUCUGCUUCAAGUUCUUCCCCAGUGCUGCUAGCGUGGCCAAACACCAAGCAGCUGAGCACCAAGGCUCGGCUGCGUCUACGGUGCGUUGUCUGUACUGUCCAGCUGUGUUGGGUGGAGAGGAGGAGCUGCAGGAGCACAUCAGCACCCAGCAUGUGAACCAGAGCAGCGAGGUCUUCAGCUGUCCGCUCUGCUCCCUGGUCUGCAUGUCCCAGAUGGAGCUGCAGGAGCACCUACUCUCCUGCCACAUGGAGGCACAGGACGAACAGGAGGCAGGGGAGGAGCAGGAGCAGGAGCAGGCCUCCACCUCCCAUACAGUGAUCUCAACAGAUGCAGCAGGUGACGAGGGGGAGGAGUCAGGCAUCUCUGAGGAGCAGUCACAGCUGGCAGCUACACAGCAGGUGUUUGUGACUCUGGCAGGGGGAAGAGAGGGCAGCUCAGCGGGGGAGGUGGUGGAGGUCAACAUGUACGACCUGCUGAACAGCUCUGUCACUUUCAUCUGCGAGGACAAACAAACAGGUCCCGACUCUUAACUAUGAACUUUGACCCAGCUGAACACUGAGGAGUUUUAUUAUUAUAAUCUGAUCAUUGAUACAACUUACAACACCAGGCUAAACUGACCUGCACAAGCCAAGGACUCUUAUUGCUCCAGGUCCAUGUUUAGUCCACCAGAAAAGAUUUAGUUUUGCAGUUGUAAAUAAAUGUGGUGAAUGUGUAUUUGACUGUAGUUUAUAUACAGAAACCCAGGUUGGUUUAUAUGAGAAGUCCACAGAGAGCACUGAAGGUCUAACAGCAAAUAUGAACUCCCCCAGGCUGCCUUGUCUGUUUCUGCUCCUGUUACUACACUUCCCAGAAUGCUUUUCAUCAACUACUAGAGAUGUGAUAUGGAUUUAUAGUUUUGUAAAGGUGAAAA